AUGGGCCUUUAUAAGUUUAAAGUCCAUGAUCUCGUUCAUGAUCUUGCACUCUCAGUUGCAGCAGGAGAGUUUUCAAUUGUAGAUUUUGGCACCAAAAACAUUGCAGGAACAUCUCGCCUUUUAUCAUUUUCUGACAAUAGCCCAGACUUUUCAAUGUUCUUGAACAACUUCAAUAAUAGGGUGCGGACCAUUGUGCACCCUAUCAAAAAAGGAAUUAGUUACCCUAUCAAACCAGUACCCAUAGUUGAAGAAUUUAUCUUGAGAUUCAAUUACUUACGUGCGCUUGAUUUUAGCAAUUCAUAUUUUGAGGUGUUGCCAACUUCUAUUGGUACUUUGAAGCAUUUGAGAUACCUAAGCUUAUCCGGUAAUAAAAUAAUCAGUAAACUUUCUGAUACCGUUUGCCAGCUGCACAAUUUGCAAGCUUUGAAACUUCUUGGAUGUUCGAAGCUUGAAGGGCUACCCAAAGAUAUAACGAACAUGGUCAACCUCAGAGGCGGACGGGUGCCUCGCCAACCUUCAGAAAUUGACUAUAUCUUUGUCACUCUCCUAACCGCCUUAGAGGCCUUGGCAAUUAAUGAUUGUGAAGAGCUUUGUUUGACAAGAGGAGAAGACAAUCAGGAUCUCAAGAUGAGCCUCCAAAAAUUGGAGAUCUUCCAUUUACCAAAGUUGGAGGUAUUGCCCCUAUGGCUCCAAGGAUCUGCUAACACUUUACAGAUGCUAGUGAUUAUGGAUUGUCGGAACUUCAAGGCCUUACCAGAGUGGCUUCCAAGUCCAAAUUCACUCCAGACACUUCAUAUUGUUGGAUGCCACAAGCUGUCAUCUCUUCCGAUUGGGAUGGAUUGUCUCGCUGCAGUAGGAGAACUUUGUGUUCAAGAUUGUCUAGAAUUAAGUAGGAAAUGCAAACAGGAAGAUUGGCUGAAGAUUGCUCACAUACCAAAAGUUCGACUUGGAUAA